CCAGAAAUACCACAACGAAGACGUUGUCACAGUCCCAAGAUGCGUCAUCUAGUCGUCGACUCUUUGGAUAUAGCGAUUGGAAUUAUCAGCACUGUGUCGCUAAGUCUCGGUUCUGCGGGUUUCGCUGUAUUGGUAGUACUUCGUUCUGUUCUUUCAAAGGAGACAGUGAGCGCUAUCGCUGGCGGGUGCCUUGCCGUCGCUGUCCUGAGUCGUAUAUCGUUAUUUUGUUUGAAUGGUAAUGUUGGCGGGAUUGUCCUGUGUGCUGUUGCACUGACCUCCUGCGUUAUCGCAAGCAUCUACUCGUUCCGUGAGCUCGAAUCCGAGUACGGCUACUUCUGGAAUGACAACGUCAACGACUCAGUUUCUGCUGCGCUUACCAUAAUCAUCGUAUUCACAGCUCUUGAACUCGGAAUUGCCACAAUCAUUUGGUGGAAACGAUCGAAGCAGACGAACGUAUUCAAACAUAAUAACUUGUCGUGCUUGGAAGAGGAACCAAUUGAUGAAAUAGAUGUACGAUAUCAACGACUCCAGACACCUAUUGAAGUCAACAAUGAUGUCCUCUCCAACCAAACUCGUACGACACAAGAUACGGCCUCUCGAGAGAAGCAUAAGCGUCACGGUAGCAAAGUGAAUCUUUGGGAUGACGAUGUGAUAACGACAGCGCGAAUUCCAAAAGACAAGAUUCUCAUGGAUAACCUGAUCAGUCAAGGAGGGUACGGGGAGGUGUACAAAGGAACUUUCAACGGACUCUCAGUCGCAGUUAAGAGGAUGUUGCCAGCACACCGCAAGAGCGUCGCCCACGUCAACAACUUCUUGGCUGAAGUCAAACUAAUGGCAUCACUUGACCACUCACGUAUUGUUCAAUUCGUGGGUGUCGCGUGGGAUGCGCUUAGUGAUGUUUGUGCCGUUAUUGAGUUCAUGGAUGGUGGGGAUUUGAGAGGACUGCUCACGUCGUAUCAUAAUCACCACCAUCCCGUUGGCUUCGACUGUGACAAAGUGAAGAUCGCUCUGCAUGUUGCGCACGCUCUCACAUAUCUCCAUUCCUUGAGUCCUGUAGUGAUCCAUCGCGAUCUCAAGUCGAGGAAUAUUCUACUCACAUCGGAUCUAGAUGCCAAGUUGACGGACUUCGGUGUGUCUCGCGAACGUGUAGACCAUACGAUGACGGCUGGAGUGGGUACGUCGUUGUGGAUGGCACCGGAAGUUCUCAUGGGAGAACGGUACGACGACAAGGCCGAUAUUUUCUCGUUCGGGGUGGUGUUGUCGGAACUGGAUCUGCAGGUUCUGCCUUACUCUCAUGCCACUGACAGCGAUGGAUCAGGCCACCGUAUGCGUGACUUGGCGAUUCUCCAGCGGAUGGCAAUGGGGAAGUUGCGUGUCCAGUUUUCUGCUGUACAGGCUACAGACAAUUCAACGUGA